GUUCUCUCAGCUUUAGAUAUCUUACAGCCGCCUCAUUUGGAUUUCUUCCAAGAAAUAUAUGUGAUAACUGAACUACUCCAGUCCGAUCUCCACAAAAUUAUUGUUUCUCCCCAACAUCUGUCCGCCGAUCACAUCAAAGUGUUCCUCUACCAAAUAUUACGUGGGCUCAAAUAUUUGCAUUCAGCUCGUAUUUUACAUCGCGAUAUAAAGCCUGGUAACCUCUUGGUAAAUUCUAAUUGCGUUUUGAAAAUAUGCGAUUUUGGUUUGGCUCGCGUUGAAGAGCCCGAUCAAACAAAACACAUGACCCAAGAGGUCGUCACACAAUAUUAUCGUGCACCAGAAAUAUUAAUGGGUGCACGUCAUUAUUCAUCGGCUGUGGAUGUUUGGUCGGUUGGCUGUAUCUUCGGCGAACUGCUCGGACGUCGUAUACUAUUUCAAGCACAAAAUCCAGUACAACAACUGGAGCUCAUAACAGAAUUAUUGGGCACUCCAACAAUGGAAGAUAUGCGUCACGCCUGUGAAGGCGCACGUACUCACAUGCUACGUCGUGCACCCAAAUUGCCCUCAUUUUCAGUAUUGUAUACGCUUAGUUCACAUGCGACGCACGAAGCAGUACAUUUGUUAUGUCAAAUGCUUGUAUUUGAUCCGGACAAACGCAUAUCUGUAACAGAUGCUUUAGCUCAUCCAUACUUGGAUGAAGGACGUUUACGCUAUCAUUCUUGCAUGUGCAAGUGCUGUUUCACUACCUCGGCUGCCAUGCGUCAGUAUACUGGCGAUUUUGAGCCAUCUGCUGGUCAACCGUUCGAUGAUUUAUGGGAACGUAAAUUAACUUCAGUGCAGCAAGUUAAGGAGGAGAUGCACAAAUUCAUUGCGGAACAAUUGCAAACCGGACGUGUUCCACUUUGUAUAAAUCCGCAAAGUGCGGCAUUUAAGAGCUUUGCUAGGUAA